GGAUUCCCAUGCGAAAUUUGGCUGAAGGAAUUGUACGUGUCAGUUUGAUGUCCAGUUUUCCCUCUGUGCAUUUGGUUUGACACAAGAGCUGGUUCCGCAGCAUGGUGGACGAGCACUCAGAGGAAAAGCUAUGCCGAGUGAGCAGGACGCGCACGCGGAUUGACCGGCGUCAGGGGGGUCGUCACCGUCGCUCCUCCUCUCUGUCUGUGUCCUCUGUGCGUGCUGUCUGUGUCGUGUGUGCAGUUUUGUCGGUUGGGCGAAGAGGAGGGCGAGCUCUACUACCCCUGCAAGUGCUCUGGCUCCAUCAAAUACAUUCACGAAGAGUGCCUCAGGUCAGACACCAAAGAGGACGGAGGUGACUCUGUGUGGGUCUGACUGGCUGUGUGUGUGUGUGUGUGAUCGGCUGGUUCAGGCGUUGGCUGCAGCACCAGGGGUCGACGCACUGCGAGUUGUGCAAGCACGAGUUUCAGUUCGCUCCCGUGUACGCGGCUGACGCGCCGGAGCGGCUCUCGUACUUCGAGCUUAUUCAAGGUGCGCACACGCAACAGGAUGUAAUCGGCCGAUAACGUGGGAAAAUGUCUGUGUUGUGCUUUGUGUGGGUAUGUGUGUGGUAGGCAUAUGGGGUUACGUGAAGGAGUGGAGCAACGUGCUGCUGCGCGUGGUGUAUGUCAUGACUCUGUGGCUGGUGCUGCUGCCGUACCUGACCUUCACGGCCGCCAGGAUGCUCUUUGUGGGCGGCACACACGGGUUCUUCCCCCAGUCAUUCUUCAGGUACGAUCAUCUCAUCUGCACACAUGGCUGGCUGUCAUGACUCUCUCUCUGGGUCUGCGCGUUUGUUUUCAGCUCCAUUGCGUAUGGUUUGGUGCUCAACAUCGGCGGUCUGCUUCUGCUUUACAUCGAGUCGGUCGUCGAGAACAUGCUCCUUUCCUUCCACCAGCUCCAGAUGCAGCCCGCACAAGGAGGACAGGACGGCGAGCAGCACGAGGAGCAAAACAACGAGAAUGGUGAUAGUGGACCACAGCAGCAGCAGCAGCAGCAAGAGCAGCCGCCAGCAGUGGAGACCGGGGACGCGUCCUCCUCCGUCGACACCCUCUCUCCCCCCCACCCACACAUCGAGACCCACCCAGCGUCGCCGGCAGGCGAGCACAUUCCGACCACCAUCAGAGCUGGCGACACCCCCACCACGGCCCCAUCCACACGAAGACAAGCCGACACACCCACAUGGGGCGGGUCCGGGGACGUCGAUAGCUCGCUGGGGGCCAGCAUGCCGGCACCGUCUGGUCUGCUCCCGCCCUCACCCACAGUGGGCGCCCAGCCGCCAGAGACCCACAAUGGCGAGGCGAUAGACCACGGCCUGGCUGCUUUGUCGAAUUCCUUCACGGCGCUGGUGGGUCGUCUUCGGUUCUACUCGCUGGAGGCAGUGGAGCACCAGCUGUGGUUCGACGCCGAGGACACACAGAAUGGAGGGGGGCAGCCGGCGUUCCUCCAAAACGCGGCGGCGCCCACGCCAUCCACCACGCCGACACGGCCGGAGGACGAGGCAGCUUCUGCGGCUGAGCGGCCCAUCGACAGGCUGCACACGCUCACGGAGCAGGCUGGCGACACGCAGCCACAGCCGCAACCGCAGCCGUCUGAGGCACCGUCGCCGCCCUCUCGGUCUGUGUCGCGGGAAGACACGCAGCCGCCCGCCGUGUCGGCACCGGAACCACCAGCACCGGAGCCAGCAGCAUCGGCUUCAGCAGCAUCGGCUUCAGCAGCAUCGUCAUCGGCAGCAGAGGAGCCAGCAGCAGGGCCCCCUCUGCCUGGCGCACCAAGCCACUACGCGUCCCCGCCGUUCCCCGUGCUGCGCAACCCCUUCACGGCCUGGCUGUGGGGCACCAACGAGCCGUCUCCCAACGACGACCACCCGCCAUCCUCUCCUGGCGACUCGGGUGGUGUGCCGCCGCCCUCAUCCACGGCGAUAGGCCAGCCUGGUGGCGCGAUGGGGCCGGAUGGUGUUGUGGGUGAGGUUGCUGAGGCUGCUGGAGGUGUGGGUGAUGUUGGGGAUGAUGGUGACGAGUUCGACCUGGAGGGCGAGGGCGAUGUGCUUGAGGAUGAGGUGUGGAACAUGGUGGGACUGGUGGGCCCCUGCAAGAAGAGCCUUAUCUGCAUGGUGAGUGGAGAGGAGGGUGGCGGAGGCGGGAGAAGGCGUUGUUGGAUGAUGCGUGUGUGUGGUGUGCUUGUGUUGUUUGUGUUGCCUGCAGAUGAUGCUGAUGUAUUCUAACCUGGCGGCGACACUGCUGCUGCUGGUGAUCCCAUAUUUUGUGGGCCAGUACACAACCAUGUGGGGGCUGCAGAAGCUCCUGGAACAGGUACGCAGCGGCACACGCCACAGCGUGCUCCACUUUCGCGUAAUUGAUGGUCUUUCUCCAUCUCACACAGGCCUUUAUAGACGAGCCAGAGGUCCGCACGGCCACCCUGUUCAACCCCUCCCUGGCCAAGCUGGAGCCCACCAUCUUCAUGCGACACUGGCCUGACGACAGCGUCCUCUUCCGAUCCAACACCACCUCAUCACGCAGACGCCCGCCCGCCAGCCGCAUCGGCGUCCCCGUCGAGAACGUGCAAGUGGAGCUGUGGGCCGUCACUCGGGGCGACAGCGGCGCAGCCGUCCCGGAAGGCACCCCAAAGCCAUUCUACACCUCUCCCACACCACCGAGAUGGCGAGGGCUGUUCCACACGCCAGCACAACCACCGCACCGUGCGGCCAACGACACGCUGCCGUCAUCAGGUGUCCCGUUCCCCUCUCCACGCAAGGCGGGCGGGCGUCGCGUGUCGAGUCCCCAGUCGUCGUACGUGUGGUGCGGCACCUUCUCCACCGAGAGCGGCUAUCUCGACGCCAACAUGUGCCCUGCAACCCAGAAACCCGACACGUGCACGCAGCUGUCUCUGCUGGCGUCUCUGCAGUGCCCACCUCCCCCAGCCUCUGUGCUCGGCCGAUGGGCUGAGAAGCACGGCGGCGAUGAGUAUGGCGAGGGCAGGGUGACGGCUACAUCUGCGGCUGCUGGAGGCAUGUAUGGGUCGCCUCGGUCGAGCCAUCACGGCCGGCGGGUGGCGCUCAAGGUGCGGUCGGCUGUGGCUGGCCUGUGGAGGCGGGCGAUGCAGGCCGUCAUGGAUGCGGCGAGGAUACCGGUGGGCACGCACAUGGACACGGACACAGCAAGCAUCGUCUUUCAUGUGUGUCGCCGGUCUGCAUGUGUGUGUGUGUGUGCAGGAUGGUUCCCUCUUGACCAUCGACGCCACAUCCGCACAGCCAGCCGCGGACGAGACGCCCGUCCCCAGGCCGCCUCACCGUGUGGCCCUGCUCCUCAACUUCGACCACCAGAGGGUCCUCAGCUCCACCACUGCCAACACCGCAGCGGCGUCACAUACGCAGGGGAGAGGAGGAGACAAGAAGGCCACCACCAACCGCACCACCAGCAAAAUUCUCUCACCCUCCCCCACAUGUCCACUGCCCUCGCCCCCCUCGCUCAACACCGGCUCCCAGGGCGUGUGCAUGCGGCCCAACCCGUUCGUCAGACGCUUGCCCUCGCUCCACAAGCUCGCCAGGCCGGAGAAGAGGCCCAUCCUGACGACGGUUGGCGAGCGGCAAACGGCGAGCGGCAGCAGUGGCAGUGGUCGGAGGGAGGAGGAGUCGGUGUUGGUGGCGGAGGGGCGGCUGGACGAGGGCGAGUGGGACCUGCGCUUCGGAUUCCGCGUGAUACUCAAGGAGGGCGACGGGCAUGGUGUCGCCAGCAGUGGCAGUGGCGAUGCGGCGAGGGAGCUGCGUGUGCUGAUGGAGGCACCGCUGCCGGGCGAGAGCAUCCGGACCGACCUGGUCAUCUACCUUGUUGGGUACGCAGGGAAGGAAAGAGAGACGCAUUUGUGUGGGAGAGGGGUCAUGUGCCUGGGCUGUGUGUGUUGGUGCAGUGCGCUGGUGAGUCUGACGGCGUUGUUUGUGGGUGCCGUGUUGGUGGUGUGGCUGGCAUUCCUCGUCGCGCUCACGCCGCUCGCCCAGACGCCCACCGUGCAGAGCUUCCUGCAGCUGCUGUGGUAUCUGCUGACUGAGGGCGGCGCGUGCAUGGGCCACGUGUGGAUCGACAUCAAGAACACUCUCAUCGCUUGCGCCGUGUCGUUCGGCAUGCCGCUGCACCUGGGCAACCUGAUUAUAUGGGCGGUGUGCGACGUGGCCUUCCAGGUGCCCCACGCCGUCCGGGCGGCCCUCGUCAACCGAUACCUCUUCUUUGGCACGCUCCUAAGGGUACGCACACGGAAUUAUCGAUGUGUGACAGGUGUAAAUGUGUAUUUGGGUGGAUACAGGUGUGUCUGGGCUACAGCUAUCUGUGCAUCUGCACGUUCAUCGAGUCGUGCCUGGUGCGGAUCCUCUCGGACGACGCCCUGCGCACCAUCCAAUCGGGCGACUUCUUCCUAGCGUCCAUCUUCGUCCACAGACACCUCUUCUCGCACGCGGGCGGAGGCAACGCCAUUCCGAUCCUGUCGGGACACCUCUCAACCAGAUCACUCUUCAGGGUAUGCCAGCAGAGCAGCCGGAUGUUUCCUGGAUGCGGUCACUGUGUGAUUGUGUGUUGUGUGCAGGUGUUGUUGAAUCUGCUGGCGGUCCACUCGAUCGCCAUCUACGUGGUCUUCUACCUGCCUCCCUCGCUGCUGCGGGUCACCUGCCCAGACCUGCUGCCGGUGCGGAUAUUCAGAUGGUCAAGCACCCCGCCCUCCCACACCCUCUCGCCCGACAUGGACGCGCUAAGCAUCCCCCUCGUCACUCCCAACACCACAGCCACCAUACCCCUUCACAGCAUGGAGCCCGAGAGCAGCGCAGGCGGUCUGGAGCUGGAGUCGCAUCUGUGGUUCCCCAUAGAGUUCUUCUCGGUGCACAUACUGCUGCCAGGCAUUCUCAGAUCGCUCAGGGCGUCACAGCACCUCGCUGCGUAAGCCAUGAGGGCACCACUGGAUACACGCAGCUGGCUGCAUGCGUGUGUCUCUGUGGCCGUAAUGCCUUUGUGCAGGUGGGUUGCGGCAGCACUCGAGUGGUGUCUGUGGCUGAUGGGUCUGGGCUACCUGCUCAAGAAGAACCAGCCCCAGCCGCCAGACGACCAAAGACCACCAGAUGACCCCCACCAGGCCGCCGACGACUCCCUCUCAUCCACCAGCGGCCAGUCACACCCCCUCCCUCCCCUCUCCCUCCCCACGACCGAAGCAGACACCCUCAGACCAUCCCCGGCACCACCGCAUAUGAUGUUCCCCUCUUCCCGUCUGGCCGGCCCCGCCUCUCAGUCGGCCUCUGCCAGCGCUGCUGCAAGCGGCAGCCUCUCGCACGCGCACUCAUCGCGCUCUUCGUCUUUUCUCGGCCUGGGUGGGCAUUUCUUCCCACACGGCGGCUUACGACGAAUCCGCACGCUGAGGAUAGAGCUGCCGCGGCUGCCGCCCCUCCCCCCUCUCCCCUUCGCACAUACGGCUCGGCAAUGGAGACGACUACGCAUAGUGCUGCCGGCGAUACCUGUGGUGUCGACUGUGGCGCGGAGUCUGCCCCCGUUGAGGCUCUUGCCCGGCCGUGUGACCCACGGGAUGCGCCCGGCGUAUGUGUAUGCGGUGCAGCUGGGGAUGAAGGGGGGCGAGCUGGUGUGGAACACUCUCUCCUAUACGACGACAGUGCUGGCGCCGAUAGGGGAGGGGGGGCUGGAGUGGUCGAGAAAGGUGGCGUCGUGGGCCAGGGCGGUGGGCCUGCACAUUUGGAUAAGGUGAGAUGAACGCACACGCACACACACACACACACACAGAGAGAGAGAGAGAGAGAGAAAGCGCCAUUGACAGCAAUAUGUGUGUGCACCGAUGUGUGUGUCUCUGUGUGUGUGUGUGUUUUGUGUGUUCUUUCAGGCUGCAGCUGCUGAUGUUUUCCGUCUUGUUUCUGGCGGUUGCUGUGGUGACCAACACCUUCGUGCUGAGCGUCCCCCUCGCCCUGGGCCGCUACUUCUUCGCCCCCCUCUCGUCCGAGCUGGCGCAUGACUUCCUGCCGCUGUGCGUGGGGGUGACGGCAGCUGCUGCCCUGGUGCUGCUGGUGGAGAGAUCUUCCACAUACCUGGCCGCACAGCUCAGAGAGACGCCCAGACAGGUAUGGAUAGAGACGGAAUUGUGCAUCCAACACGAUCGCUGCGUUGUCUGCAGGUGAUCCUCGGUGGGCUGGCGACGAUUCUGCUGAUAGUGGUGGUGCUGGGUGUGCUGCCUUUGAUGGUGGGCUCGCUGCUGAACGUUCUGCUGGUGGUGCCGUUGCGUCUGCCGUGGUACCACUCGCCGUCCUUCCUGCCUCUCCACUGCUGGGGCGCCGGGCUCGUCUGCCUCAAGUGCGUCGUCAGGCUCACUCAGAUGGGCGCACUGCAGGGCCUCGGCACCCUCACACAGAGACUCGAAGAGGUGGGUUGAGACGCUGAGACAUCCAUCCAUCCAUACAGCCAUUCAUUCCUGACCGUGCUGUCCAUCCUCAGGUGCACACACUGUACCGGUCAGUGGGUCUCUUCUCUCUCGAGCUGCACAGGGAGGUUUAUCGUCAGCUGGUCGGCCCAGCCCUCAUCGAGCUGGGCCUUCAUCUCGCCCUCCCCGCCCUGCUGGCCAAGGCCCUCACACACAGCGGCCGGCUGCUCUGCCUGUGGGAGCUGGUGAGCUGCCGUCCGCUGCCCUUCGACUGGCGUGCCGUGAGCAUGAUGGAGGGAGGGGGGGUGUGGUUCUGGGCGGCGUGCUUCCUCCAGAGGUACUGCUACCACCUGGCACUGCUCGGGCGAAUGGUGGUGGUCGGCCUGCCGGCUGCUGGCCGUGCGCUCGACCGGCUGCAUCACCAGCUGCGCGACCAGAAGUACCUGGUGGCUGCGACCCUCCUCAACUACACCCCCACACCCGAAGAUCAGCAGCAGGCCGCUGAGCAUGAGACAGCCCCCGAGACAACAGCGGCCCCAGCAUCGCCACCAACAACAGCAGCGGCAUCCCAGCAUAGGGAGUGGGACAGUGGUCUGCUUGGGUCUGUGAUGAGAGAGAGCCUGCUGGGGAACCUGUGAUUGGCCUGGUUCUUUGCCACUAUAUGUGCUGCUUGUGUGAUGGAUUGCCUUUCUGCAGCAGUGGCGGAGGAAAGACGAUUGAUGGAUGGAUGCUACGUGAAGGGGGAGAGGGAGGGGAGAGAGGGAGGAGAGGCGGCGAUCGAUCGCAUGGAGGCUGGCCGGCGGACACAGGGCCUAUUAUGAGGGAUGUUUGUUGAGUAUUCCGUGGUUGGCUGGUUCAUUUGUUCAGUGAGUGUAUGUGAUAUGUAGGGCUCGGGGGGGAGGGGGGGGGGG